CUAACAUCAAAAUUCAAAAUUCGAUACACCAACAUCAGAUUCUUUCGAUUAUUUGUUUUUUCCUUUGCAAUUGAGAAAUUGUCAGUUCGUGAUUUGCAUUAUUUAUUAUUAUUAUUAUUCUCUUAAUCUGCAAAGAAAUUUUUCUUCUUUCUUUUUCUUCAUCCUCUUAUAAACUCUUAUAAACUUCUACUAGAUAUUUGCAGCAUUCAAAAAUGAUAUCUUCUGCCGUUGGUCGUUCAAUUCAAAGAAAUACUUUUUCUCCAUUAUUAAAAAACCAAUCCUUUGUUAAACCAUCCCAAUUUUUUUUAAAAUCUUCAAUUAAUUCUAAUAAUUUCAACAAUUUUAAUUACAACUCAUUUUCAAUCUCAAAAAGAUUCAACUCAUCUGACUCAUCCCUUAAUGUUUUAAAUAAAUCAUCGUUACCUUUCACCUAUUCAGAUGGUCCUGUUACUUUAAGAUUCACUCCUGAACAUGAAUGGGUUGCUUUCCAUCCUGAUGGAACUUCUUUUAUUGGUAUUACAAAACAUGCUUCUCACGCUGUUGGUGAUAUUACCUUUGUUGAACUUCCAUCAAUAGACACUGAUGCCGUUAAAGGAGAGGUUCUUGGUUCUGUUGAAAGUGUCAAAUCUGCUAAUGAUGUCUAUUUCCCAGUUAAUGGUAACGUUGUUGAUGUGAAUUCACCACUUGAAGAUGAUCCUUCUCCAGUAUCCACUGAUGCAAUGGGUGAUGGUUGGUUAGUAAAAGUUGACCUAGUAGAUUUAGAAGGUACCCAAAAAGACACAGAAUUAAUGACUGAAGAAGCAUACAAAAACUUCCUUGAAAACGAAGAACACUAAAUAUCCCACAAUAUAUAUUCUUUUAUCUAUAUAAUUCAAAAAACAUCAUAUUGGCAAUUCGCCAAUCAAAGUGACAAAUUAGUUCCAUCUCAUUGGGUGACGCAUGCAUGCGCAUGGCUUGCAUGAGAAAUGUUCCACCUCCAUGGAUUUAUUUUUUUUGACAUGAAAAAAAAA